AUGUGGAGCCAGCUGGUGAUCGCAGAGUCGUCCAGCGAUGAUCUCCUACCUUCUCGCCACUCCGGUCGCUUCCCUCCGUCUCUGUACCCUCGUCAGGAUGACGUCGACCCUCCAGAGUCGCUCCACCUUCACCACCUCCAUCACCCUCACCGCCACCUCCAUCACCGCCACCACCAGCCUCCUGCCGGGUCGACCAAUCGGAUGCCUCUGCUGGAGUCUCGGUUCCGUCAGGAGCCUUCCGCCCGCCGGAGCCUCGACCUGCUGACUCGACCUCAUCACGACGUCCGGCCGGAGCACGCCGCCGUGUCGGCCCGACACCUGGUCACCGUGUACCUGGCUGUGGACGUGCGGCGGCUGAACGUCAGUCUUCUUCGGUGGUUUCGGGAAGGCGUGGCGGCGGCGCUCGGCGUCCCCGCAGGACGCGUUCACAUCAACCAGCUGAACGAGAAGAAGAAUGGCAUCGAGCUCUUCGUGUCCUCUGAUAGGCUGGGAGUGUCGGAGCCCCGCCCCGCUGAGGAGGUCAUCCAAUCGCUGAACGUCCGGGUGCUGCACCGCCACCUGGGACACUUCGGCAUCACCGAGGUCUCCACCGAGAAGAACGUCCUGCAGGGCGAGCAGAGGGACCACGUGUGGAGCAGAGAGGGCUUCUACGCCGUCGUCCUCUUCUUCACCGUCUUCGUCAUCGUCAUCACCUGCUUGAUGGUUUUGUACCGACUGAAGGAGAAGGUCCAGGUUUCUGACAGACAGCUGAAAGCCCCGCCCCCUGACCUCCACCUGACCCCGACCGUCCCUCCUGACUCCGCCCACAAGUUGAAGGGCACCAAGGUGGUGACGUCAGGAAGCAGCAUGGUCCAGGCUGAGCUCCCUCCUGUUGUAGCCACGCCCACUCCCCCGCAGCAGCCAAUCGCAGCCUGCCGCCGCCUCGCGCCACCUGCCGUCCCGCUGCCCAGCCCCGCCCCCGUCACCUUUGUCAGCAGCAGCCCCGCCCACCUGGUCAGCGUUGCCCCGGUGACAGCCAAUCACGAGCUGAGGCCCUGCCCCUCCCCCUUCAGGAUGAAACCGGCGGCCGGGCUGCAGGAACGACGAGGCUCCAACGUCUCUCUGGUGCUGGACAUGUCGGCCCUGGGCGCCGUGGAGCCCCUCAGCGUCACCGUGGUAACGCCGAGGGAGGCGGCGGCCCGCGAGUACCUGCUGUCGGCGGGUCGGCCGCUGACCCGGCUGCAGCUCCGAGACGUCGUCCAGAACACGCACAAGCUCCACGCCGAGUUCGCCGAAAUUCCCAUGAACUUCAUCGAUCCCAAGGAGCUGGACAUCCCCAACCACGGGACCAAGAACAGAUACAAGACCAUCCUGCCCAAUCCUCAUUCCAGAGUGAUCCUGAAGUCAAAGAGCUGCAACGACCUGCUGAGUUCGUACAUCAACGCCAACUACAUCCGGGGUUACCUCGGCGACCACAAGGCGUUCAUCGCCACUCAGGGCCCGAUGGUGAACACGGUGAACGACUUCUGGCAGAUGGCGUGGCAGGAGGAGGCGCCGGUCAUCGUCAUGAUCACCAAGCUGAAGGAGAAGAACGAGAAGUGUGUGCUGUACUGGCCCGAGAAGAGAGGCAUCUAUGGCCGGGUGGAGGUUCUGGUCAACAGCGUCAGGGAGUGUGAGCACUUCACCAGCCGCAGCCUCACGCUGAAGUGCGGAAACCAGACCCGCGAGCUGCAGCACUACUGGUACACGUCGUGGCCCGACCACAAGACGCCCGACUCGGCGCUGCCGCUGCUGCAGCUGACGGCCGACGUGGAGGCGGGCCGAGGUUCCGCCGCCGGCCCGGUCAUCGUCCACUGCAGCGCUGGGAUUGGUCGGACCGGAUGCUUCAUCGCCACGACGAUUGGCUGCCGGCAGCUGAGGCUGGAAGGAGUCGUGGAUGUCCUGAGCAUCACCUGCCAGCUGAGGGCCGACAGAGGAGGGAUGAUCCAGACCGGGGAGCAGUACGAGUUCGUCCAUCACGCCUUGAGCCUCUAUGAGUCCCGCCUCUCUGCGGAAACCGGCCAAUGA